UCAUCACCAAGGGCAUAAGGCGGGAAAACUCACACUCCAAACUCUCCCCAGUGCGCACCCUCUUUAACACGCGCUUCCUUCCAUUCGCUGAGAAAAUCUGAGGAAGCUUCUUAGGGUUUCUGAAAUGGCGGACUCAGAGAAGGAGGCAGUAAAGGUCAUCUCCCGAACCGGAAAACAACUUGGUGCAUACAAAACUUGCCCCAAUAAAGAUACUCUUGUCAACUUAUUAAAACAAGCCACUCGUGCUUUUGAAGGGUUAAAACAGUCAAGUUCGCUGAAAUCUGUCAUUAAACCCUUGAGCAGUUCUCUUGUUAAGCAUAGUUUGCUUGUUCACAAGGACAAAGAUAUCAGACUUCUGGUUGGCAUCUGCUUCUGCGAAAUUGUCCGUGUGCUGGCACCAAAUCCUGAAUUUACUGAUGCAGUGUCUAGGGAUAUAUUUGGACUUCUUGUCAACAUCUUCUCAGAGCUUGAAGAUACCUUAAAUCCUUACUUCAGCAUGAGGGUACAACUGUUAGAAACUGUUGCAAAACUGAAGUUUUGUUUGCUAAUGCUAGAUAUUGGCUGUGAAGAACUGGUUAAAAAAAUGUUCAAAAACUUUUUCGCUGUCAUGAGGGAACAUCACCCUCCAAGUAUGGUUUCUGCAGCAGUAUCGAUAAUGACACAAAUUUUGGAGGAGAAAAUGCAAGAGAAAGAGAAGACCAGUUCCGAGCUGCUCACUUUUGAAAAAGAAGUAUCUGAGCCCCUUUUAGAUGUGAUUUUGCAGAACCUUUUGAAAGAAGCAAAGGGUUCAUCUCGUGCGUCUCACCAGCUUGCUGUCUCUGUCAUUCAAACUUGCAGUGAAAAGAUUGAAGAUACUGUUUCAAGGUUUUUAAGGUCUUGCAUACUUAAUAGAGACGCUGUGCAGAGUGAGAUCAAGGAAUAUUACCAUGAUAUUAUGUACGAAAUCUUUCAGUGUUCUCCUCAAGUACUUCUUUCUGUCAUACCUAGCCUGAUCCACGAACUAUUGACAGAUCAAGUGGAUGUCCGGAUAAAAGCUCUUGGCUUGAUGAAAAAGGUCUUUUCAUUGCCUGGAAACCAUUUUGCCCGGGAUUAUCACCAGCUUUUUGUAGAAUUCUUAAACAGAACUCGUGAUAAAUCUGCUGAAGUGAGACUAAUUACACUUUCAUGUGCUAAAGCAUUCUACAUGACCAAUCCAUCAGGAAAAGAAUCUCUUGAAGUUCUUUCUGCUCUUCAAGAUCGUCUUUUGGAUUCUGAUGACAGAGUGAGAUCAGAGGCAGUUACUGUGGUGUGCGACUUGGCAAGAUAUAAGCUAAAAUCUGUUCCUCUUGAACUUAUCACAUGUGUUGCAGAACGACUGAGAGAUAAAAAGGUGUCUGUUAGAAAGAAAGCAUUGAAGAAGUUGUUAGAACUGUAUCAGGAAUAUUGCACACAAUGUGCUGCUACCAUCAUGGAUUUCAGUGAUCAUUUUGAACAGAUCCCAUGUAAAAUUUUGAUGCUAUGCUAUGACAGAGAUUGUAAAGAGUUCAAGCCUCAGCGAAUGGAGAUUGUGCUUGCUGACACUCUGUUUCCUGCUUCUCUUUCUAUUGAGGAUAAAACCAGGCAUUGGGUCUUCAUGUUCUCACUUUUUACGCCUUGUCAUCUCAAGGCCUUGAAUGCAAUUUUAUCUCAAAAGCUGAGGUUGCGAAAUGAAAUGCAAGUGUACUUAACUCUCCUCAACAAAUACAAGGAGGAAGUAUCGGAAGAAGUAGAAAAGAAGAUGAAAAUGUCCAUUGUGAAAAUGUCAGCAUCUUUUGAGGAUGCUGCCAAAGCAGAAGACUGCUUCCGCAAACUGGAUAUGGUGAAAGACAGUCAAAUCUUUGAUCUGUUGGAGAAGUUAUUAACUGAACAGAGCAUUGAAGAUGCCCAAACCACCAGAGAUGACCUUUUGAGAAUGACUGGCAACAAGAAUCUGCAUACUGAGUUUCUGCAAUUACUCCCCAUGAAAUGUUCAUUUAAUCUAUUUGGUUUGGAGCAUGUGCGCUGUAUUUUUGAUCAUCUUUCUGACGACAGAUUUGGGAGUAAGCAUUUGGAGGAUUCUGCUGUGCAACUUCUCUUGACUAUUCUCAGUGCAUUUCCUUCACUCUUGAGAGGUUUGGAGACAGAAUUCAGGAACUUGUUGUUGGAGGAGGUUAUCCCAUUCAAUGAACAGCUGAUCCGGAUUCUUGCAAAAGAAGGAUCCCACAUGUCAAUCAACCUUGGUGACAUAUAUCCAUUCUUAGAGAAGGUUUGCUUGGAUGGCAGUCGUGCUCAAGCAAAAUUGGCUGUUUCGGCAAUUGCUGCACUAAUGGCCCCCUCAGAGCAGUCCAUUUUCUUAGAUUUGUGCAAGAUGCUUGUGGAUUCUCUGCAUCUGGGGAAACAGCUUCCAACAGUUUUGCAGUCUUUGGGCUGUUUGGCGCAACAUUCUGUUUUAGCAUUUCAAGCACAUGAAGAGGUGGUCACCCGUUAUAUCAUUGAGGAAAUAUUUGAGCUUACUGAUGUGGCCAUGUUGGAGGAUAUGGAUUUGUUAGAAAAGACUUCUGAAUGUAGUGGUUCUUGCCAAUUAAAGAUUUUUGGGCUCAAGACACUAGUUCGGAGCUUUUUACCCCAUCAAAGUGCAACUUUCAGUCGUCCAAUUAACUUUUUACUGGAUAUCAUACUGGAAAUGCUUCACAAGGGCGGUCAUUAUGAUGGUAUUAACUCAAGCAGUGAUUCUGACAAGGCUCAUAUUAGAUUAGCUGCUGCAAAGUCUGUUCUUCAGCUCUCAAGAAGGUGGGAUUCACUCAUUUCGCCACAAAUUUUCCGCUGCACAGUUUUGACAGCCAAGGAUAAUUCUCCUCUAGUACAGAGAUUGUUUAUUAAGAAGGUGCAAAAGCUUUUGAAGGAACAUAAGAUUCCUUGUAGAUAUGCAUGCGCAUUUCCAUUUGCUGCCACAGACUCUUCAGAAGAUCUCCAACAAAUUUCUUUGAAAUACAUGGAAGAAUUUGUACAUGUAUAUGGAAAUGCAGCAAGAAUAAAUCAAAUGUCUACAAUGCCUGGACAUGUGACUGGUUUUCCUGUUUAUAUAGUGGUUUACCUGAUCCAUGUCCUAGCUCAUGAUGCAAAUUUUCCCACUGCUGAUCACCAUGAUGCCAACUCCUGCCCUCAGUUUUUCAGUCCACUUGUUUUCAGCUUGCGAGCAUUGAUUGAUUUUAAUUACUCUGAUGGCACCGUGGACCUCGUUAGUAAAGCUAGCUCAUACUUGAGAAGUAUCUUCCAUGCAAUAAAAAAGGCCGAGGAUGCUGUUGAUGCACAAAUUACUCCUAAUCUUCAUAUGUUGUCAGAUAUUGGGAUUUCUUUGUUGGAUGUAAUAAGCAACACAGGUGUAUCUCAUUCGCAUAUAUCUGGACUUAUUUUACUGCCAUCUUCACUCUAUAAAGUGGGUCAAGAACAUAAUAGUCAGGGGAAAAGUGAUCUUUUAAUUCGUUAUCAGCUAGAUGAAAAUUUCAUUAGGAAUUUACUUGAUAUUUCGAAAAAGAAAGCUCAGACUGCUGGCACCAUCAGUACACAGUACCAAAAAUGUCAAGAUGGCAUGAUGCAGUCAGGUAACAGUGGGGGCCGCACAUUGGAAAUGCAAUUUUUCAAAAAGGGCCCUCUCCCAUUGAGCAUGGUAAAAAAGAAUUGCGGUUAUUCAGAUAAGGAGGAGAUAAGUGAAGCAAAUCAGGAGUUCACUACUAGAGAAAGACAAAAAACAUCUAAACCAUUUUCAGCUUCUGCAUCAUUUGAAUUACAUAAGGAGUUUUCGAUGGAUGAUGAACAUGAAGAUGAUGCACAUGGAGCCAUUGAAGCAGUGAUUAGAACUGAGCAGCAACCAUAUUGUUCGAGAACUGUCAGGUUACGACCCUUGUCUGAUCAGAAGGAUGAAAAUCCACGUUCCCUUAAAGAAAAAGAUACAAUCUCAAGGUGUAAAACCAUAAUGCGCGAGCCUUCCAAAUCCAUCAAAGGCAACAGCUCAGAUAUCUGCAUCUCAAAGGGAAGCAAAAAUAAUGCUGAAAAGUUAAUCAGGCAGCAUAAAGAACUGUGCUCUCCGGAAGAUAAUUGUUGUUCUGGAAGCACAGAGGUUCAUGAUUCUAGCAACAACUCCCUCAAGGAUUCGUGUGGUCUCCAAUCAUUGCGCCGCCCAAGGAAAAAUAUAGACAUGAUUGGAUCCGUCUCUCAACAAGAAGAUGACUUGUCAGAAGAUAAAGCUAAGAGUGGUAGUAAAAGGACUGCCUUAGCUGAGAAUCAGGAGAGUGUUCUUGUUGACUCAUCAGUUUCUGAGGUCAUUGAUGUGAAUGAGGAUGUUAUUGCUAGGAGGACUCGAAGUCGAAGAGUUUGAAUAUAUUUUUACAAAGAUAAACUAGAGCUAACUUGCUGAGUAUUUUUGUUUUGGCAUUCUCCAUCUCAGCCAGGGUGCAUGUUUGACUGAUUACAUCAUAAUUCUCAGCCAUCCUCUAGCAAAUUGCUGAGUCUUUGGGCAGGAGUUAACAAUUGGCUGUUGUGAAUAUAUAGUUAAAUGAGAUGCUUUCAUUAACCUAGUGUUUAGAUGGUGAUAUUACGCCCCCCGCCCCCUCUUUAUGGUUUCUGUAAAUAGUUAAUAUUUCACUGUUGAUGCGUUUUUGCUUUUGUUUUUUUAUACAAGUGAGGUAACUCUGAAUCCAAACAUUAAAGUAUAUUCACCAAAAGCUAUAUUAAUGUAUGUCAUGGUAAUGA